UACGGGUGCCGGGCGGGCUCUCGCGGAAGUCCAUGCGCCAUUGGGAGGGCCGCAGUGGCUUCUCUGUGUCCUUGUUGCCCAGGGCCCUUUCCUGGGUUAUUCCUGGAGCAGGAGCCAGACUGGGGCUGACACCCGGCUCCCGCCUGGCCGUCUCAGCGCCGGUGUGACCUCCUCGCCGGAGGGAUGUGGCGUCUACGCCGGGCCGCCGUGGCCUGUGAAGUCUGCCAAUCCUUAGUGAAACAUAGCUCUGGAAUAAAAGGAAGCCUGCCACUACAAAAAGUGCAUCUGGUUUCACGAAGUAUUUAUCAUUCACAUCAUCCUACUUCAAAGCUUCAUAGAACCCAAUUCAGGACAUCAUUUCAUCAGUUUUCCUCUCUAACUAACCAUCCUUUACGUAAAUUGAAACUUUCUCCGAUUAAAUAUGGCUACCAGCCCCACAGGAAUUUUUGGCCAGCGAGAUUAGCUGCAAGACUCUUAAAACUUCGGUAUCUCGUACUGGGAUCUGCUGUUGGGGGUGGUUAUACAGCCAAAAAGACUUUUGAUCAAUGGAAAGAUAUGAUACCAGACCUUAGUGACUAUAAAUGGAUUGUGCCUGACAUUAUUUGGGAAAUUGAUGAGUAUAUCGAUAUAGAGAAAAUUAGAAAAUCUCUCCCUGAUUCAGAGGACCUUGCAAAGUUGGCUCCUGACUUUGACAAGAUUGUUGAAAGCCUCAGCUUAUUGAAGGACUUUUUCACCACAGGUCACAAAUUGGUUAGUGAAAUCAUAGGAGCUUCUGACCUACUUCUCUUGUUAGGUUCAUCUGGAGAAACCACAUUUAGAGCAACAGAUCAUGGACCUGAAAGUGACAAGCAUUAUAGAAAGGGUCUGCUUGGUGAGCUCAUUCUCUUACAACAGCAAAUUCAAGAACAUGAAGAGGAAGCACGCAGAGCUGCUGGCCAAUAUAGCACGAGCUAUGCCCAACAGAAGCGCAAGGUGACAGACAAAGAGAAAAUUGACCAACUUCAAGAAGAACUUCUACAUACCCAGUUAAAGUACCAGAGAAUCUUGGAACGGUUGGAAAAGGAGAACAAAGAACUGAGAAAAUUAUUGUUGCAGAAAGAUGACAAAGGCAUCCAUCAUAGAAAGCUUAAGAAAUCUUUGAUUGACAUGUAUUCUGAAGUUCUUGAUGUUCUAUCUGAUUAUGAUGCCAGUUAUAAUACACAAGAUCAUUUGCCAAGGGUUGUUGUAGUUGGAGAUCAAAGUGCUGGGAAAACUAGUGUGUUGGAAAUGAUUGCUCAAGCACGAAUAUUCCCACGAGGAUCUGGGGAGAUGAUGACACGCUCUCCAGUUAAGGUGACUCUGAGUGAAGGUCCUCACCACGUAGCAUUGUUUAAAGAUAGUUCUCGAGAAUUUGAUCUUACCAAGGAGGAAGAUCUUGCAGCAUUAAGACAUGAAAUAGAACUACGGAUGAGAAAAAAUGUGAAAGAAGGCUGUACUGUUAGCCCUGAGACUAUAUCCUUAAACGUAAAAGGCCCUGGACUGCAGAGGAUGGUGCUUGUUGACUUACCAGGUGUGAUUAAUACUGUGACAUCAGGCAUGGCUCCUGACACAAAGGAAACUAUUUUCAGUAUGAGCAAAGCUUAUAUGCAGAAUCCUAAUGCCAUCAUCCUAUGCAUUCAAGAUGGAUCUGUGGAUGCUGAACGCAGCAUUGUUACAGACUUGGUCAGUCAAAUGGAUCCUCAUGGAAGAAGGACGAUAUUUGUUUUGACCAAAGUAGACCUGGCAGAGAAAAAUGUGGCUAGCCCAAGCAGGAUUCAGCAGAUAAUUGAAGGAAAACUCUUCCCAAUGAAAGCUCUAGGUUAUUUUGCUGUUGUAACAGGAAAAGGAAACAGCUCCGAAAGCAUAGAAGCAAUAAGAGAAUAUGAAGAAGAAUUUUUUCAGAAUUCAAAACUCCUAAAGGCCAGCAUGCUAAAGGCACACCAGGUGACUACAAGGAAUUUAAGCCUUGCUGUAUCGGACUGCUUCUGGAAAAUGGUACGAGAGUCAGUUGAACAACAGGCUGAUAGUUUUAAAGCAACACGUUUCAACCUUGAAACUGAGUGGAAGAAUAACUAUCCUCGCCUGCGAGAACUUGACCGGAACGAACUAUUUGAAAAAGCUAAAAAUGAAAUCCUCGAUGAAGUUAUCAGUCUGAGCCAGGUUACACCAAAACAUUGGGAGGAAAUCCUUCAGCAGUCUUUGUGGGAAAGAGUGUCAACUCAUGUGAUUGAAAACAUCUAUCUUCCAGCUGCACAGACCAUGAAUUCAGGGACUUUUAAUACCACAGUGGACAUCAAGCUCAAACAGUGGACUGAUAAACAGCUUCCUAAUAAAGCAGUAGAGGUUGCUUGGGAGACACUACAGGAAGAAUUUUCCCGCUUCAUGACAGAACCAAAAGGAAAAGAGCAUGAUGACAUAUUUGAUAAACUGAAAGAGGCUGUUAAGGAAGAAAGUAUCAAACGCCACAAGUGGAAUGACUUUGCAGAGGAUAGUUUGAGGGUUAUUCAACAUAACGCUUUAGAAGACCGGUCCAUAUCUGAUAAGCAGCAGUGGGACGCAGCUAUUUACUUCAUGGAAGAGGCUCUUCAGGCUCGUCUCAAGGAUACUGAAAAUGCAAUUGAAAACAUGGUGGGUCCAGAUUGGAAAAAGAGGUGGCUAUAUUGGAAGAAUCGGACCCAAGAACAGUGUGUUCACAACGAAACCAAGAGUGAAUUGGAGAAGAUGUUGAAAUGUAAUGAGGAACACCCAGCCUAUCUUGCAAGUGAUGAGAUAACUACAGUCCGAAAGAACCUCGAGUCCCGAGGAGUAGAAGUAGAUCCAAGCUUGAUUAAGGACACUUGGCACCAAGUUUAUAGAAGACAUUUCUUAAAAACAGCUCUAAACCACUGUAACCUGUGUCGAAGAGGCUUUUAUUACUAUCAAAGGCAUUUUGUAGAUUCUGAGUUGGAAUGCAAUGAUGUUGUCCUAUUUUGGCGAAUACAGCGCAUGCUUGCUAUCACGGCAAAUACUUUAAGACAACAACUUACAAACACUGAAGUCAGACGAUUAGAGAAAAAUGUUAAAGAAGUACUGGAAGAUUUCGCUGAAGAUGGUGAGAAGAAGGUUAAGUUGCUCACUGGUAAACGAGUUCAACUGGCUGAAGACCUCAAGAAAGUUAGAGAAAUUCAAGAAAAACUUGAUGCUUUCAUUGAAGCUCUCCAUCAGGAGAAGUAAAUUGUAAUAAAACCCUACUUAUUAUAUCAUCACCUCGGCAUAUAUGAAGAAAGAAAACUCCAAAGUCUUUUUCCUGUCUUUUUUCCUUCUGCUAUCCCACCUUUCCAAACAUAAAAUAAAGUCAUGGGGUCAAAAUCAUUCAUGUGUGUUAGAGGCACCUAAACCACCAGCUAGCUGCCUUUUGAACAGAAGAGCAGGGUAAAUGGCACUAGCAUCCUGUUUUAUUGUACUCAAGUGCCAGAUUGGGGUAAUGUAAGUGGUAUGACCAUUAGGUUCAGUCCUUAGUGAUAAGAAACUUGCUCUCCUGCCUGUUGUCUCACUUGUGGUGGCACUAGUUCAACUAAUUCAUUAGCUGAUGUUACUCCACGUCAGUUUCUUUCCCAGAAAAGAAUGCUAGGUGUUUUAAAUAAAACUUACAGCAAUUUUCUAACAGUUAUCAACUGUAUAUAAAAUGAUGGUAACCCGCUAAAUUGUCUGUAUCUGUAGUGUUCUAUAUCCAGAAACUCUUUGACCACGAUAAUUCAGUUUAUAUUCGUCACAUGGAAGAAAACUAACAAGAGAGCCCCUCAAAUCGGGUGAUUUGGAUUAUAAUUCCACGAACAUUCAGUGAAAGAGAUUUCAACCCUGCGUUGACAGUUUAGAGAGCUGCCUGAGAAGCCGAAGCACUAGCAGCUUACCUAUUUGAUUCAGUUGAUGUGUUUGUACUCUCUGUAUCCAUUUGAAAUUCAUUCAUUUUGGAUGUUGUAUACUUAAGCAAGGCUUUCUGUUAACAUUGUUUUUUUACCUGUUGACAGAGCUAUUGGGUUGUGACACAGAAUAGGGAAGAUUAAGAAUAAUCAAUUGACUAAUUACAUUUAGACUAUUAUCAAACAUUUCACCUAGGCAUCAGGAAAAGGCCUUCUUUCAUAUGACUAUUUUAAAUAGAAAUUAUUUCAACAAUUAGAAUAAUGUUGACUAUCCCCCUCUUAACUGAACAUUUAAAGGAAAAUAAUAAUAUUUAAUUGAUUGCAAUUCAAUUACAAUAACACCCUCACAGCAUUUUCAUGUUUUAUAAAUAUUUCUUAUUGGCUAAAGGGCUUUAAAGCAAAGAAAUAAGCCAUUUUUUUAUUUAAAGUGUCUUUCUCAUUUAACUCUGGUCUUUGCUGCCAUCUCAUUACCUUUGUUAUUCUAAUAAAAAUACCCAUUGUGUGAAAGUUUUUAUUUUACAGUUUACUUAACUUUACAAUUUUCUUGGAAUUGUGUUUUGGUAACAGUUCCUUGCCACCCGGCAUUUUUAAAAAAUUUAGUAUCAAUAUGUCCUUCAUCAUGAUCUCUCUCAAGAUCUGAUACUUAACAUGCAAGUUUGAAGGAUAAUCACGAAGGACAGAAAUUUAGAGUCCAAUGAACAUUUGUUUUAUACUGUUCCAUGAGCAAGGCAGACCCAGCUUUCAGCAGCUGGUAGCAGGUACAUUGUUAUUUGGUAGGGGAGUGGUCAAGAACAUUUCCUGUCUUUUAGAUUUAGGGAUGGUAGGUGAAAGGGAAGGGGGCUCGGCUCCCCUGUGAGAUGACCUUCCUAGUUAAUUUCCUCCAACUAGUGCAGGCCAGUAGGUAAACCCCGCACUGAAGCAGACAUCAUGCAAUUAUUAAUUCUUUUGUAGCUGUACAGAACUUUACAACUGCAAAUCUAUUUCUGAAUCAAAAAGGAAAUAGGACCAUAUUUAUUUCUAGGUAGGAAAAAAUGCCCUCAUUUGCAUUUCCACUGAUUUCUCCCAAGAAAAAGGCUGAUGUUAAGUAAGUACUUUUUAUCCCAUCCCCUUGUAUAAAUUUAAGAAAGGGGGUAGGGUGUCCUUAUUUCUUUGAGAUCAGUAUUUGUAAUUUAAAUAUAUAAAUAGGUGAUAAAAAUGAAUAUUAUUAAAAAUUCCAUAUAGGAGUCCAGAUGUUUUCCCAUCCUCCUCAGUAAUAUGACAUAUCUCAUGGGUAAUAUAUAUAUUUUCUUUUUUGCUGAUCUCAUACUAAGCAUGCUUUUUUUUUUAUUUUGGAAGCUAGGUACUUAUUAAAAGCAGAUGUUAAUAAGAAAAUAAAAUUAUGAUUCUCAACAGUAAAUCCUCUGUGUUGUGUCUGUAGUUCAAAAAUUACAAAUGACUCAGAUGUAAACAAAUCACUUCAGAAAUCCAAUAUACAGAAGUUAAAUUCUAACUAGACUAGGAAUUAUUUGUUUUUCAUUAUUUGGGAUUUGCCAGAAAAUAGCGUGAACAAAGCUGUGUAUGGAAGACUGAACAACUGGAAGUAAAUUAUAUCUAAAAUGUACUCAGUCAGGGUCUCGGGUUAAACAGUCGGUCUGGAGGCAGUGACAGUAGGAAACAGGUUCUUGUGCUUUGUGGCUGAACCAUCCCAGCUGUGCUUGUAGGUGGAGCAAUCGCCCUUUUUUAGGAGCUUCAUUGCCUGCUCUCUUUGUAUUAUCCCCAUUUCCCAGCCUUUGCUCCAACAGACUCCUUCCCACAACAGCCUCCAAAUGCAAAUGAAUAGAGUAAACGUGAGUAGGGGACAUUGCAGAGAGUGGAGCUUCCUAACCUUAAGAUUUGGGAACUUUACAUAGGAUAACACUCAGGAUGUAGCUUAAAAAGAUAAAUCCCUUAUUUAGUUAAUCAUUUUCUAUUUAUUUAUUUUAGAUUGAUUUGUCUGUGUAAAGAAAUAUGGUAUUUUAGUUUUCCAGUAAAGGGGAUCAAUGUUUUUUAUCUCAAUUCUCUAGGCUGGUAUAAGCUCCAGUUUCAGAUCCUUUAGCCGUAUGGAAAUGUGCUUACAAAUAUGCUUACCUUUUGAACAAUCAUGGCUAUGUUUAAAUUCUUAAAACAACCUUGUUUUUACUUGUCACUGUGAGUGAACUUUGUAUUAUUUUUUUAAGCCUUCAUACUACAUGUAGAUGUUAUUGCAACUUAUCUUCUGCCUGUGCCUGUGGCUUUGACCCACAAAUGCUGUAUGUUGUACCUAUUUGAAGGUCAUUUGUGUAGAUUAGUAAUUAAAGAUCUUAUCCGAAGAGGGCA